AUGUCGCCUCAUCCUUGGUUAUUAACUGUGGCCAUAAUUUUGGUUUUUCCGGCUUGUGCCUCCCCGCAGGUAAAAUUUAGAAUUUUUCCUAUUUUUCAUCGCACUGUUUCAGUAUAUUGCGAACGAUGUUGUUUCCGAUUAUGGAGAAGUAAAAGAGCUUCUGAACUCUUUUUACAGACGCCACGCUCGUCGUUAUGGAAAUGAUUAUGUAAUUGUUCUUUUCAAAUUUUAGCUAAUGUCUUUUCCAUGUCAGGACCCUUCUGCCAUUUUGAUCACCGAACCCAGUUUGGACCAAGCCAGUACUGAUAAAACAGAAGCCACAGUGAACAGGAAAAUUUGGACGGAAGUUUUUGAAAACGACAUUAUCUUGACCCUACCACAAGCGGAAGCCUUACUGAAAGAGCCAAGUGAGUUUUUGUAAAUCUUUAUCAAAAAAUCGCUGAGGUUUUCAAAUCAUCAAACUUUUUAGUUAGUUUUUAAAUGAAACCGUCUCUAGUUCUCACAAAAAAAAAUUUUUCUCGUGGAAAUUGAAAACUUUUAACCGAAAAAAAAAGUUGGUCAAUGAAAGAAAACUUACUAGACGUUUCAUUUUCAACUUUCAAUAAUUUUUUAGACUCUCGUAAGAAACGACAAGCAAACCGCGACCCACGCUUGUUCUGGACAAACCUCACGAUAUCCUACGAAUUUUAUGGCGGCGACGGUCAGAAUGAAAACCGUGUUUAGUAUCCAAACAGCCUAUUUUUCAGAUAAGUGGAAAAACUUGAUCCGAAGCGCUUUAAAACACGUCGAACAGAACGUUUGCUUCAAGUUCAAAGAGAAUGGAGGAGACAAGUGAAAAAAUUCUCAAAAAAAAUAACAAAAUUUUGAACUUCGUAGAGAUGGUUUGCGUUACUAUCGCGGCCAAGGGUGUUGGUCAAACGUUGGAAGAGUUGGUGGAAAACAAUUAGUAUCCAUUGGUUAUGGAUGCGAUGGGGUGAGAAAACUUUUUCCUUAAGGUUAUUUCGAUUUGAUGUUGAAAUUUUUCGAGAUUCAGAAAAUUAAAAAAUUAAAUAUUGCAAACUUUGAGACUUUCAAGACCUUCAGCUCUUCUCUCAAAAAGUUUUCUGGUCAACUUCCGCAAAUUUUCAGAGUUCCACAUAAUACUACCUUUUCUGUAUUCGAAAUUUUCCAAUUUUCAGUUGGGAAUCGUUUCUCAUGAAACUCUCCAUGCCCUGGGCCUCUGGCAUGAACAAUCUCGAGUCGACCGUGACGACUUUAUUUCCAUCGUUGCCGACAAAAUCACCCGGGUCAGUGUAAAAAGCGAGAAACUUUUCAAAAAAAUUUUUAGGGAACGCAAGGAAACUUUGCAAAAAGGUCUCUUGAUAAUACGGAUAAUUUGAGUGAGUUUCUUUUUCUUUUCAAAAAUUUUUCAUAACUUCAGACCAACCUUACGAUAUGGGAUCUGUUAUGCAUUACGGAUCAAAAGCUUUCGCUUACGAUUGGACUAGGUUUUUCUUUCAGGAAAAGGAAAAAAAAAUAUGAAUUCCAUUUUGAGUGACACAAUUGUGACCAAAGACUGGCGGUAUCAACAAACGAUCGGACAAAGAGAUGGAAUUUCUUUCAAGGAUGCGAAAAUUAUUAACCUCCGCUAUUGCACAGGUAAUACAAAAGAUAUGAAAUUAAAUGUUCUGAUUUACAUUUGAUAUUUUCCGAGCUCGAAAAUUGAUGUUACAGGUGUCUGUCGAGUACAGCUGCCGUGCCAAAACGAUGGUUACACAGAUCCCAACAACUGCGGCCAAUGUCGCUGCCCAUCCGGUUAUGGUGGAACUUAUUGUCAAGAAGUUGCUUACAGUACGAAAAAAGUAUGAAAUCGAAAUAAUUGAUUUAUUUACUUCAGCUUCUUGCGGUGGAACUUUGACGGCCACUGCAUCUUCUCAAACUCUGGCAAGUGGAAAUGCUCUUCCUAACGCUUAUUGUAUCUGGAGAAUAAAGGUUGUUCAUUGGAAAAUUUUGUUUUCGACUAUCAAAACUCUUUUCAGAGCAGAUAUGGAGAAAGAAUUGAAAUCAGUUUCAGUCAAGUGAGUCUCACAUGCUCGAACCCAUGCACGAGUUACGUCGAAGUGAAAGCCAACAAGGAAAAAACAGCAACAGGUCGGAAAAUCAUUCGAAAUAGAAAUUUAUACCUUUUGAAAUGAUGCAGGGGCCCGACUGUGCUGCAAAACUCCUGGAACGUUUGUCAGUGAGGGCGACGACGUUGUUCUGAUUUACAAAGUUGCACCCGACUCUCAGAUGGGAUGGCUCGGGUUCACGCUUCGCUAUAGAACUGGUAAGAAACUUUGAGAAAUUUUAAACAUAAGAUGAAAUAGUGUAAUGAACUUUUCAACACAGCAAGGCGCCCGACCCACAAAAAACGGUGGAAAACAAUUAAACCUCAACGACAAUGUUGGUUUAUAUCAAAGCUUCUUACCUUUUUUAAUUGAAAGCUUUUCUGCUUUAUUCCGCUUUUCUACAGUUCUGGACAAGAUUUGUCGCUUUUUUGUGAGUUUUGCAAAAACUCUAGUCGCUUUGGUUUUGAUGGGGUGUAUUCUCCGAAAAAAAAAGUACAUUACCGUCAGAAAAAUUACAGAAAAAACGGGGUUUCGUUCUCAACUCUCUUGCUAUGAACUUAAUCUUUUUGAAACUUUCAGGGAAACUCAAAUCCUUACAAGAAUUGUAUGACCAAAUUCGCGUUUUCUCGUAUCUUUUCUGACGGUCCUGUAUGUGAGUCCAUAAUGCCUUCGACUUCAUAGUGUUUAUAGAAAAAUUUUGGAUUUUUUUAUAAAAAGCUUUUUUUUUCUUUUUCUACGAUUUAUUCAAACGGUUAGUUUUUUUUGUCCCUAUAGAAGCUUUUCUCAUUUUUUAAACAUACUGCCUGAAGAAGUUUUCCAAAAAGAACCUUCCAGCCAAAGGAUAAACGAGUUUCUGCAGUAAGUUUGUCGCAAGCUAGCCGCGAGUAGACAAUAGGGCUUGCUCAAAUUUUCAAUGCCUUUUUGCUCAAUGUUUCAGUCUCCUUCCGAACCAUUCCAAAUUUGCAGUUGGUGAGCCGGAAACGACAGCCCCGUCUACUGUGGCGCCCACAACCACUACUGAAAGUGCGACAACCUCUGCAUAUUGGAUCAAAACGGCAAGUGGCGGUUGGAUUCACUGGGAGAAAUCGGCGGAGACCUUCGGGACCAACGAUGAAUCCAAUUCCAUACCUGAUUCCAUCAUUUCGCCCGACGGAAACAAAUUGGAUCCACAAAAACGCUCAGAAAGCUCUGAGAAGCACGCUGCACUUUCAACUGUCUCACCUGCACAAAAUGAGUCUGUGAGCCUUACACUUCGUUUUUUUUUCAGAAAGUUAGAAUAUCUUUCCAAGUUUUUGCCUGAUGAACCACAGAAAGCAUGCAAAAUCGUGACACAUUCAAUUGAAGUUAUUAGUCAAUUUUUCAGUCUACAUCAGUGAGUUGAUAAGAUCUUUAUCAAUUCUAUUUCAGCUGAUGGAAAAAAGUUUUAAUUGCACAAUGCAUGAAUUCAUUUUAUGUUCUGCACCUUGUCGGCACGUUUUGAAAAUCACAAAAGUUUUUUUUUUCAAAUUUAAUUUAGUAAGAAAUUCAGAAAAAAUUAUUUUUCUUUUUUUUUGCAUUGAAAAGUUUCAGAAAAUUAAAAAAAUUUUGUUUGAAAGUUUAUUAGAAGAUCCAAAAAAAUUAAAAUUUAUCCAUGUUAUAUACAUGACGGUUUUUUGACACAUGCAUGUUAGGUUUUGAUUAUUUUUAAUACACAUAACUUUAAGACAUCUUCCGAUUUUUCAGAAUCAUAAUCCUGUUUCAGACAUCUAGUGCUAGCGAGUGGGGGCUUUGGGGUGAGUGGUCCUCUUGCUCUCAGCCUUGCGGCGGAUGCGGAACUCGUACGCGAAUUCGCGCCUGCUACGGAGGUGGCAGAACAUGCCCGUAAGGAUUAUCAUAUUUAAGAAAAAAAGAUAGAGGCUACAUUUAAAAUCAAGAAUAAUUACUUCAAGUAAUCGAGGUGCUAUUUCUAUCGACGUUGUUACUAGAAACUAAUUUCAUUUAUUUUUGAGAAAUUUUAGUGGAAGCAAUUUGGUUACCGAGACCUGCAACGCACAAACUUGUACUCAACCUAAAAAAGGAAUGAUUUGCAAUGGAAGGCUCAUCAUGCCUUGCGAACUCAUCUCAAAGCUUCAGUUUGGAUCGAACAACGCUUUGAAUCCACGAUUGAGGGAUCUUCAACGUGAGUUUGGCCUUAAUCGCCCUUCAAAAAUCAUAUUUGUUGAAUUUUUGAAAACUGUAACAAUUGGGAGGUCCCCUCUAUUCUCACUCGAAUUGAGCCGUAUUUCGAGAGGGAGGGUCGACAUAUUUAAAAAAUGUAUAAGUUGGUUGGUGAGGUUCAAAGAAGGCUAGAAAAAAAAAAUUCAUUUUUUGGGAAUUUUAAAGUUUUCUGAACUUUUAAAAAGGAGCUAAAAUUUCAUUUAAGUUAAUAAAUCACACAUCAAAAAAACCUUUUCAGAAUAUUUUAUAUUACAAGCCAUCCGUGAAAGAUCAAAAGUGAUUAUUGAAUGAAUAUCUUCAUAGCUUUUUUUCAGACGCUCUUCCUUUGCCCCGCAUCGCUGCACGAGAAAGUUUGAGCAAAGAAAAGUGAGGCCUACAACAAAAUAUUUUGCCAGCAGCAUUAACUUCAGGAUUGCUCCCGAAUCAUCUUUCAUCAAAAGAGUGAAACGAAGAACGUCCAACCAACUCUGCGAAAAGUAUGCUUUUUAAUCGUUUCACAUUGCUUUUAUGGCUCUCUCGCAGGAAGUUCAUCUACCAAUGCCCGACGGCACUUCUCACCAUCAACGUGGAUUACAAAGACGACGUCCCACGCGACUCACUUGCGUAUCAGGUCAGUUCUUAUUCAACGCGAAAUCAAUCCUUUUUUUAUCCUUUUUCAGCAAAGCCAACUGACCUCCGAAUGUUGUAUUGGCUACACGGCGCAGUCAGGAGUUUGUUAUAAAAUUAACUAG